GUCUCGUUUUUCUCCACUUCUUCAGAGCUAAGCAACAAACAAAGGUUUGAAUACUUCCUCCGCACUGUUCCCAGCGAUAAGAGUCAGGCGAGUGCUAUGGUUGAGAUCGUUAAGAAACUUAACUGGACUUAUGUUUCAAUAAUAUAUGAGGAAUCCAUUUAUGGAAUUAGAGCUUUUAACGACUUGGAAGAGCUUUUAGACCAAAACGACAUUUGCAUUGCUAUUAAGGAAAGACUAACUAAAGAUUCUGGCAUUGGUUUGGAGAGCGCUUACGAUAAUAUUGUCAAAAAGUUGGUCUCAAAACAAAACGCGAGAGGUGUGAUAGUGUUUGGGUCGGACCAAGAGGUAGCGUUGCUCAUGAAGGCUAUCAAGAGGAAUAACGCGACCGGACUGUUCACGUGGAUUGGGAGCGACGGCUGGAGCGCCCGAUCGUUAGUGUUUGCCGGAAAUGAGCUUCAGGUGGAGGGGACGCUCUCCGUUCAACCGGCAGCCAAUCCGGUGCCCGGUUUUGAUGAUUACUUCCUGAGUCUGACGCCGAAGACUAAUUGGCGAAACCCGUGGUUCAUAGAGUAUUGGGAGCAUUACUUUAAAUGCAAAUGGCCUGACAGUACGGUCACACCGUAUAACCUAAACUACGCCACGUAUGUAUCUAUGCAUAACGGAUACGAACCCGAAGGACAGCUCCAAUUUGUCAGCGACGCUGUCCUCGCCUUCGCGUAUGGUCUCCGGGAUAUGCAUAACAAGCUCUGUCCCAAUGGAUACCGAGGAGUCUGUCCAGCCAUGAAAGACAGCGACGGCAGUGUUCUUCUCAACUAUCUUAGAGACGUCUCAUUCCAGGGUCUGGAUAAUCACGAGUUUCAUUUCGCCACCGAUGGUGACGGUCCGGCCCGCUAUCGCAUAAUACACUACAAACAGUUAUCUGAGGGACAGUUUGAUUGGAUUAAAGUCGGCGAAUAUAAAGACGGGAAUCUGGAGCUCAAUCUGAGUGAAGUUCAGUUUCAUUUAAGUGAAGCGAUAAUCCCGACGUCUGUGUGCAGUCAGCCGUGUGAGAGGGGACAAGUGAAGGCAUAUCUCGAGGGCGAGAAGUGUUGCUUUCAUUGCCUAAACUGUACUCGAUAUCAAGUGCUCAUAUCGGAGACCCAGUGCAUCGACUGUCCGGACGGCUAUCUCCCGGACACCGAAAAAAUGAACUGCGAGCCCAUUCCCGAAGAGUAUAUGAGACCCGACAGUGUUUGGGGCAUAAGUGCUCUGCUCUUCUCGUGGACCGGAAUAUUUGUCACACUAUUCGUGAUGUUUGUGUUUAUCAAAUACAACGAUACACCAGUGGUGCGGGCGUCGGGCCGUGAGUUGUGUUUCGUACUGUUGGCCGGAAUCCUCAUGUGUUACGCCAUGACAUUCAUUUUGGUUCAGAAGCCGUCGGACUAUCUGUGCGGCGCUCAGAAGGCGGGCAUAGGUUUCUGUUUUUCGGUCGUUUACAGCGCUAUACUCACCAAAACCAACCGAAUCUCCAGAAUAUUCAAAGCGGGCAAACAGUCGGCCCGAAGGCCGAGCUUUAUUAGUCCCAAAUCUCAACUCUUGAUUUGCGGCGGACUAUCGAUGAUCCAGAUCUUUAUAGUCGUGGUUUGGUUGGCAUUCUCUCCGCCAAAAGCCAUUCACUUUUAUCCGACCCGUGAGGACAACCAUUUGGUUUGCGAGGCGUCUAUUAAUGCCGGAUAUUUUGUUGCAUUUCUUUACCCAAUCUUUCUUAUUGUGGUGUGCACCGUAUACGCUGUGCUGACCCGCAAAAUACCCGAAGCGUUCAAUGAGUCCAAAUACAUAGGCUUUACGAUGUAUACGACAUGUAUUAUAUGGUUGGCAUUCGUGCCCAUAUACUUCACCAGCUCUCAGAGCAAUCACAUAGCGCUCAAUCUGACCACAAUGUCGGUGUCCAUCUCGUUGAGCGCAACGGUAACCCUAUUAUGUCUGUUCACACCCAAGAUAUACAUCAUUAUUCUGCACCCGGAGAAGAAUGUGCGCCAAUCAAUGAUGCCUCACAACAAAUACGGCACUCUUAAGAAUAACACACAAAUGACCGCAACCGCCACUUUGGCCACCACUUCAUCCAUUCGGGUCGAGUCCGCUACACAAUCAGACGGUACUAUCUUUUCUAUACUUUUGUAUGUCAUGUGUUUGGUUAUG